CGAUUGAAGUGCAAAGUAUAGGACAUUGCAAACUGUUGUUGGCUGGGAGGUAACUUGAGAGCGUUUACUUUAGGAAUCCUCAAAAAUGAUCAAAAACGUGCUCUUGUUGUGUUUUGUAACUGUACUCGUUUCAGUUAGCAGCAAAAACAUCAAAUUUGGUCCUUGUCCUGAUCAAAAAUCAACUGCAACUGUCUCCAAUAUCGCUAUUGUACCAUGCGACGUAGAACCAUGUAUUCUUUACAAGGGAAAAAGUACUAAUAUUAUGAUAGAUUUUACUCCGACGAAAGCUACAAACACAUUAAAGUCAGUCGUGAAAGGGAAAAUUGGACCAUUAUGGAUACCAUUUCCAUUAGAUCAUGAUGAUGCGUGCACAACAUCGGGUGUAACAUGCCCACUGGUGCCUGGCAAAUUGUACCAUUUUAAUUAUUCCUUACCAGUGAAAUCAGAGUACCCAAGUCUUCAAGUACUUGUCAAGUGGGAAUUCCAUGGCGACGAAAGUCAGGAAGUCGUGUGCGAUGAAUUUCCCGUAAAGUUGCAAUAAUCUAACAAAUUCGUUGAAAUUAUGACCGUGUUAAAUUUUUGUACGAUGUAAAAGAUGUAUGUGAUAUGUAAAGUAUUUCUUACGAUGUCUUUUUUCGCCAUCUUAAGCUCGUCAGUUUUUCUUUUAAAGACCAAAUAAACCAUAAUUUCAGAUUGCACGAAGUCAAGUAUAUGAAAUAACGAUCAUUUACUUUUAAAACCGUACUAGUCAUGAAUUUUGUCUUUUUAACCGUUGUCAUUGUAAGAAUUUAUUCCUAAAUAAUUGAUGUAUUUAGUUCUUUACGAAGAAAUCUUUAGUGGAGUUCUUU